AUGGCGCCGCCACCACCGCUACAGCUCUCCUUCACGACGCUCGACGUCUUCACCGACACGCGCUUCGCCGGCAACCCGCUGGCGGUGGUGCGCGUGCCGGGCAACGAGGCCGCUGUCGCCCGCCUCACGCAGGAGGUCAAGCAGCGCAUCGCGCGCGAGUUUAACCUCAGCGAGACCGUCUUCCUGCACGAUGCCGCCGCAGACGACGACGAAACCGCGAACGGCACGUCGUCGUCCCGCCGGCGGGUCGUGGACAUCUUCACCGUCGACCAGGAGCUGCCGUUUGCGGGCCACCCGACCAUCGGCACGGCGGUGCUGGUGCGCGACGUCCUGCGCUGGGACCACGUCGACACGCUCGUCACCAAGGCCGGCGCCAUUGGCAUCACGGUGGAGGGGGCAGCGCCCCACGACGACGACGAUGCUGGUGCCGCUCCUAGCAGCAGUAGCACCUCGUGGGCGCAGCGGCUACGGCAGCGGCGCAUACUCGCGCAGAUCCCGCACGACGUACACGUGCACACCCGGACGCUGCGCGACAUUCUCGGCGACGACGGCAGCAGCAGCGGGGGCAUGCUCGGCGAGGAGGAGGCGGUGCUGGCCGCUCGCGCGCAGCUGUCAGACGACGCGGCCACGCGCGAGGCCGAGCUGGCGGCGCCCGCGGUGAGCAUCGUCCGGGGCAUGACGUUCCUGCUCGUCGAGCUGCCGUCCGUGGCGCACCUCGCGCGCGUCAACGUCGGCAAGCGGCUCGACUUUGGCGGCGGCCUGGCGCGGGCGCUGCUGGACGAGGGGCCGUGGCACGACAGCUUCGUGUCGCGGUACUACUACGUCAAGAAAGGGGCGGAGGAGGAGGGGGAGUCCAAGUCGUCGGCGGCGUGGAGCGGACACACGCGCAUGGUCGAGCUCGACUUUGAGGACCCGGCCACGGGCAGCGCAGCCUGCACGCUGGCCAGCUACCUCGUGCUCUCCGGCAAGGUCGCGGGCGGCGGCGGCGGCGGCAAGAAGCUCAGGUUCGACAUUGUCCAGGGGGAGCACAUGGGGAGGCGGAGCGACAUUGCCGUCGAGAUCCAUACCAAGGAGGAAGAAGAGGCAGGGAGGGAUGAUGAUGGCAGCGGGCUCUACGGCAUAGACAAGCUGUUUUUGGGCGGGACGGCAGUGCCCGUCAUGGAGGGGACCAUUACUGUGUAA